GGCGAAACCAUCCCUUCAGUGACAAAGACCGACAGAAAACUCUUUCCCAUUGAUAAGGACUGUAAACCAGGCUCUCUGGGUGGCUCUGGAUCAAAGGCUCGUUUGGAUCUCAGUCUUACGGUCCUGAAGCUCCUCUGAGCGCAGUCAUCUGACGCUCCUCUGUCUGGAUAUUUGUAGCAGGUUUUCCAUUUUUUCCUCUGGAUUAUAUUCUUCUGAUGGUUUUAAACUCCAACUCGAUGCAUAGAAAUGGGUAAACUGCACUCGAAACAUGCCGCUAUUUGUAAACCGAGGGAGAGCCCAGAAGGCGACAGUUUUGUAGUCAAUGCCUGUUUGGCGAGAAAGGGAAUCGACGACUGGCUCGUGAAGCAGAAAUACUACUGCACGAGCUCUCGACUCGAGCAGCGGGACUGUCACCACAAGAAUAACUGCGGUCUGACUGCACGGGACUCUAUGGAUGAAGCAUGUGCGCAGAGGAUCGGCGAUGAACACUACCGUCUAGAAGUGGCUUUACCCCCGGAAAAGACAGACAGCUGCUGUGUGGAGGAGAAGAUGCAGCAGAGGGGCAGCCAAUCCCCCGCAGGGCUGCAGAAACAGCUCCAGUUUGAAGAGUUGGAGUGUGCGGUUUCUGUGGAGGAGGAUAACCGGCAGGAGUGGACCUUCACCCUCUACGACUUUGACAACAACGGCAAAGUCACCAGAGAGGAUAUCACCAGCCUGCUCCACACCAUCUAUGAGGUGGUAGACGCCUCCGUCAACCACUCCCCCAGCAGCAGCAAGACGCUGAGGGUCAAGCUGUCGGUGGCUCCCGACUGCAGCCAGCGGUGGAGAAGUUGUACGCAGGGAGCGGCAGACAUGUCCCACCCCAGAGAGAAAAGUGACAAGUGCAUAGAAGACCCCAAGAGUGCAGACAAGAAGACUCGAGCUCUCAUAAGGCGCCACCACAGCGACCACCACAGCCAGCCGGGCUGCCAGCGCCACUGUGUGGACGAGAACCUGGAGCGCAGGAACCACUACUUGGACCUGGCAGGCAUCGAAAACUACACAUCCCGCUUUGGAACCGCCCCCACCGCAGAGCCGACGAAGGCCGAGCCUCAGACACGCCCAUCCAACCAGACUCGCUCCCGCUCCCAUGAACCAGAGAACGGCCACUCCCACCCACACCACCGCCGCCUGCACACCGUCGUGGACACUGUUUCUCCGGAGAGCCUCCACCCCGCCCGUACGCGAGUCCAAGACUCGGGCAAACACGGCAUCCGCUCUCCUAAGACCCACAGCCGUACGCCCCCCGCGCAGAUCAGCGGCAAGCUGAUGAGAAGCAGAGGCGUCCCCCCUCCCACGGUCCUCCCCAGCCAAACCCCCCCUCACCAAUCCUCAGCACCGUACCGCAAACACAAGCAGCGGUCCAAGGAAACCUACAGGGCUUUGAAUUCUGUGGCUCCGGGACAAAUGGUGGAGAAGGAGCAGGUGCGGGACCUGCCCAGUGUGCUGCUGUACGAGGGGGGGCUGGCACAAGUGGUGCAGCGGCAUGAGCACCACCACCACCAUGAACACCAUCACCACUACCACCACUUUUACCAGUCCUGAAUUUACACCUUGUUUAGGAGACCUCAGCACUCCUGCAGUCCCAGAAAAAAAAAAAGACAAGCAGGCGAACAGACUGCAGCGUCCUCCUCAGUGCCUUUGUAGUGGGCACAGGACAUGGGGGGGGGGGAGAGGAGGAUCAUGGGAAGGGUGUCCCAGUGCUGAGAGGUUUAUAAUCAGUGUUAUGAAGAGGUUGGUCAGACAUGCGGGAAGCUCGGGUGUGCAACAGGGCAGCGAUUCGGGGCCACUGCAGAGCCAGAACUGAGGAUAAUGGCUGGGGUUCAAGCGAUACACGGAGGGUUGAUUUGAUAAAUUAUUCAAAUAUCUCCUCCUUUGACGCUGUAAUCCUCCCACCUGAUGACUGUACGGCUCCAAACAAGCGCCACAACCUUCCAGACCACUAAGCCAAAAGGUUUUUAAGGACAAGGAGGGACGGGAGGAAGAGAGACUGUGAUGUAAAGAUGAAAAUAUAUGAAGGAGUAUAGGUGAGCAGGGCAUAGUGUGUAUUUGUGUGUGUGUGUGGGCGUAGCAAGAGUGUGUAUGUGUGUAUGUGAGUGUCACGACACUGGUGUCUGUUGAAAACCACUUGAAGUGCGCUCAUGGGUGCGUGAGUAUUUAAAGCAGGCUGUCAGGCAGGUUUUGUUUUGUUGACGAUGAAAAUGAAGAUUCAAGCACGCAACCCGUAAGCAACAAUGGGAAAGGAAAAAUGUUAAAAAGGAACAAAAAAAGAACAGAGAUCCCAAAUCCGCUGCUACCUCUAAUUUUAUCCUAAUUGUUGUUGUAAUACUUUGAAUAAGCAUUCAGAGGUUAUUUUCAAAUGACUUCUAAACACUUUUUAAAAUCGUAAUCUGCAGUACUGACGUUUGAAAAAGCUCAUUUUCUUAACUAACGUUGACUGUACAUAAGGUAUAUAUUGUUAUCAAUUUUAUAAGCUUUAUUGAUAAUGUGAUAUCUUUGUAUUCACUAUCUGAAGCUUUGAUGUGUGUUUUGCUUCACAGCCGCAUUUUCUAAGACCACUAGGAGCCUCAUUAUGACUAAAAAAUGUACAACUGUAUCUCAAACUCUCUGUCAUUCUCCCUCGGUUUCCACUUCCUCACCAUGUGGUUAGAUAUUUAAAAAGUGAUCUGGUUAAUGACUGAAAUCUCAACUCUCAACAAUGCUGUUCUGGAGCUCGACAUCUCCUCACAUCCAGGUGUUUCAAAGACUUUAAGCGUCACUGUGCUACACAUUUAAAUUGUUUAAGAGCAUACUUUUUUAAAGAAUCAUGUCAACAAUACAGAAUACUAGCUGUCAAUAUUUAACGGUCGUCAUGCUGUUUAUGAAGACUGUGACGUUCUAGUGUGUGGGUUCUACAAAAAGAUGAAUCCCUAAAAACAGAACUAGGGAUGGUGUUAUCGCGACAUCAGGUCUCCAGUAGAGGCUCCAGUUAUGGACCGGGCCUUCUGUUUGCAUGAUUAUAAAUCCAGGUACAUCCAGUCAGUUAGAGGUUCAUUCAUCAGCGUGAAGUUUGUCCCUGUGAGGGCCCGUGUCCAAGCCUUUUUCUGCUUCUUUUUCCAAAUGUUUCCAAAGAGGAAUGAGCACAUGCUGUCCGGCCGCCUCGAAAGAAAGCGCUGCACCUAACGUAAUAAUUUUGUGCGGCCGCUCUGAGCACUAUUUCAACUUUUCGAAAUAGACACCCCUGUAGAAAUUGGAGGAGAAGCCUGUUUUUGAACGUGUCUCUUGGACGCAAACUUUCAUAAAAAAAUACAGAAAAAAAGCCAAUUUGUUGAAUCCGAUUAACCAGCAGACCCUGAAUGUUGCUGCUGAAAAGUUCAUGACAUUUAUUCCCAAAUCCGGAUUGUCCUCCUUGCUAUACGGCUGUAAUAUUGAGCUGAGAGUGUGAGAGAAGCCACUCGCAGUCGGUUGUAUUGGUAAAAAAAAAAAAGUCAAACAGAUAUAUGUUGGCACAAACGGAUAGUGAAAUCCAAGGUGGCGAUGCUAGUUUGUCAUUCAACAGCAGAUAUACGUUGUCAAGAUAUGAUUGUCUUAGAAACGAUAAAACAAGGCGAUGGCAGCAGCACCUUUGGGUAUUUAUGCAGAGAAAUAUCCAGCUUCCUCAUACUCAAACUUUGGAGUUGCUCAGCUGAUGUUGGAUGUAUGUUCUCUAGGCUUCCUCUGGCACUAAAUCGUAUCCACUCCGGUGUCUUUGGUCCCUCGUCCUGGCCCGGGGUCACGCCGCGCCCAUCAUCCCGGCCCCCGGCUGUCAGCAGGUCUUUCACCGUGCCGCCAUGUGGCCUCAGAGCUCAGCCAACAGGGCUCUGUUUGUGGUGCGGCGGGGCCUCGGCUCCAUUCAGCUGUCUCAUUCCUCUGGUGCUGGAUGACACUGGGCCCGGCCUGCAGUCUCCACUUCACCCAUAACUCACCACUGCUGCUGCUGUGCUGCCAGCACCGGGGACCGUCUGCUGGUGCUGGGACAGGAAGCUGCUCUAAACAUCGCACUGUUUACACCAACAACAACAAGCUAGGCAGCAAACAAAAAGCUGCAAAUAUAAAGGUGCUGAUAUUCUUUGAUCAAGUAUUUAAAAAGUGGCGUUAAUACGUGGUGGUUAUCCUGCAGAAUAAAACGUCUAAGCAUCCUAAACAUUUUUUGCCUCAGAGCUUUUUUCAGUAAUAAUCUAAUGGUAAAAUCUAAUUGGGUUUAUGAUUCAUCUAAAGGACAGCCGCUGUACAGCCAGUGAACUUCCAUACACCUUUAUCCAUACAGAAAAAAUACAUUAUGAUUGGUUAUAUCAUUUAUUUCUCAAACUGUUUCCAUUUGUAUAGUGAACAAUAUUCAAAUGUCCAUUAAAAACCCUCAAAACUUAAACUGCAAAUAAAAAAUGCUACCAGAUUUUCCAUUUGUGCUGAUUUUUUAAUUUAUUUUUUGGGGAAAAAAUGCUGUUUUUGAGCUAUUUGAAAAUCAAACCAAAAACAGAAUUUCACUUUUCAAAUUUUAAGUGAAAAUUAAACAUAAAAAGAAUAUUAGUUUGAGUCUCAAUUUAAAGUGCAUUCAUUUUUCUUACAAUAAAAAAUACAAAGGAACAAACAUUUAAUAUUACAUUUCAAAUCUUUUCUUUUUGAACAAUAAACUUAACAAAUAUAAUUGACCCCUCUUGUCUGUAACUAUAUGACCUUACCGUAUGAAACGCCAACCUAGAGGAACCUUUUUGAUAAAUCCAGCAGAAGUUCUGAUCUUUUGUGUCUUUUAUUGUUCGUCUGCCAUCUGCACUUGUUUACGAUGAGCAGGAAUGCAGUGAAUGCGUCACAGCUGCAGGCCGUCCCGCUGCAGAGGCUCCACUCAGACGGGUCGUCCCGUGAGACCCGGAGCUGGAAACGGCAUCAUUCCCACCAAAGGUGGGGGGGUGGUCACAGUCCCAGCUGCGCUCCAUGCCUCAGCUUCUUCACCUCACACUGCAGUUCCUGGACAACGAGUCAAUGCUCUGACUCCUCGUCCAUGGUUUACUCUCUCCAGGAAUAGUGUGGAUUCAUGCCAAAUGUAGGAAGUGUGGAACCGGUCGUGUGAGUCAGACGGUGUGCGUGUGGUCCUGCAGGGUGGUCCGAUUGGACGCAGUGAUUGAGGAGCUUCUGAAGGAAUUUGGGUGAAAGCCUCGGUCACGUCACAAUUUAUAACCUUCACAUUUUUCAAUUUUAUUUUGAGGUGCAAAUAAAAGAAACACAAAAAAUAAUGAAAUGAAAAAACAGGCUCACACACAAUAUGCUGUGUUAGGAGGAUCCCUUCAACAUUACAAACCCACUGUCUGAAACACUCACUGUAAACCAAACACACACACAUGACUAAUCCCUCUCUUUGUCAGAGCUAACUUUUUCCCAUAUCAUGGUUUGUUGCGACACCUUGUUAUGGUUCAAUGGCAAUAUUCAUUUCCCAAAAUAAAAAUAAAGCUUCUACCGGCCAGAACCCCUUUGUUGUAAUGCCCUGCCUCACGUUCGUACAAAUACUUGAACCCACAUCAGAAAACUGCCCGCUAAAAGACAUUUCCACACACAGUGAUAUGCCUUGCUCAAGAGCACUUUACAGAACUUGUUGAGAGUUGGUGAAAGCUGGUUUUUCUCAGUUUGGUCAUGAUAACAAUUUGCUUUUGAAACCUUUUUCCCCUUGAGGCUACAACUGUCUAAUGUCUUGUACUACUCUACAGCAUUAGACAUCAGAAAAACAAUAUUAAGGUUCCCAGCUUCAUCUCUGUAAAUGUUCCAAAAUGUUUAUUUUAUAUUUCUUUUUAUUUAAUUUUAAGAUUGUCAAUGCAUUUUUCCUGUUGUAUAAAAUCUACAAUAUUCAAAGCCGCUCCUCCGGGUUAAUGCAGUGUGCUUUGUAACAUCAUGCCAUUUUUAGACCUGAUGUAUAUAGCGGACUGCAGGAAGGACACCCAGCAUCAUGCUGAAAGAAUAUAAGGCUUAUUUAUAAUCGCUGAAUCGUUUCUCUGUCCGCGCGCAGACACGCGUUCACUUGUUGUUUGUUGUAAAGAAAGUUGUUCAGCACUAGCUGCCCCCCCCCUAAUGUUUUUUCACUACUUUGUUUAGUUUAUAUAGAUUGUAUUUGAUUAAAUGCUUUAUUUAUUUGAUAGCAGAUCUGUGCCAAGGGAACGUACCCUUUUAUUAAAGAAUGAACCUGUUCCUUAUAAA